CUGUGGUGUGUCUGUAAUCCGGCCUCUGUCUGCCUCACAAACACACAAGUAGAGAAAGACGAGAGGGAGACGGAGGGACAGAAGGACGAGAGUUUGUUGUCAGAAUGAGUCGGCAACAUAGUCCAGCGAUGGAAAGCAUUUACACAUAGAUAGGUGAAUAGAUAGAUAGUUGAAUAGAUCUAUUUCCUAGAAGUUAGUGAGUGGGUGUCAGCUGUAUGUGAAGCAGAAGGAAGAAAAGGAGGAGAAACAUGAGCCGGCAACAGCAAGAGUCCCAGGGAGUGGUUUUAACGGGUUACCACAGCAACGCGGAACUGUUACCGAAAACUGGACCGUGUGAACCCAGCUGUCCGUCAGCCCAGGACCUCGAGUCCACCGUGCCCAGUCGCAGAACAGGCCACUACACUGUUCAACAGAACCAGAGCCCACAUCACGGAGACAAAUCUGGGCCUUCCACUACCACCAACAGUACAAAAACCACCAGCACUGACCCAGCGUCGCUAUUAAACCCAAGCAUUGUCGCUUGCCCCAGGUUUCAGCCCUCCUCCUGCCCCAGACACAGUCCCAAUUCCAAGCCCAGACCGCGGCCCCCAUGUCAGCGCUGCAACUCUCAGGAAUCUCUGGACGAGCUGGAGAUGGACGACUAUUGGAAGGAGGUGGAGAAUAUCACUCGCUCAGGAGGAGGAGCAGGGAGGGGAGAAGGUGGAGGAGAAGGGGAAGUGCAAGAGGAGGAGCAACAGAAGAUUCCAGAGGAAGGUGAACAGGAAGAGGCUUGGCUUACAGAGGCAGGGCUGGCACGGCUGUUUGAUGAUUCACUAGCAGCUGACCAGGAUCAGGAAGAAGACAGCACAGUGUUCCUGUCCACAUUGACUAGAUCUCAGGCGGCAGCUGUAGAACGUCGUGUGACAUCACUACAGCAGACAUGGCUACGGCGACGCAACCGGCAACACGUUCCCGAUGUCAGGGAUAUAUUCAGACCUCCUGAAAAGGAUGAGGAGCCUAGUAAACUUAAAGGGGGAAGUGAGAAUGGACAAAAAGAUGUCACUUCAGCUGCAGAAAUAGAGACAGAGCUGAAUGUUGAAGUGGCGUUUUCAGAGCAGGCACUCACUUACAGGGACAACAAUCAAAAGUUAAACGUCAUCACUAGCCCUAACUCACCUGAUGACAAAUUACCAAACUUUAAGCUGCUCCGAGAUAAAACAGGUCAGACCAGAAUUGGAGAUCUGUCUCCUCUGGAUAUGAAAAAGGUGCAUAGACUGGUGCUUGUGGAGGCGACUGCUCUGUUUGACACCGCUGGGAUAGACCUCAAGGCACACAAAGCUGUCAAAGUUAAGACAAAAGAAAGUGGUCUAUUUGGUGUUCCUCUUGCCACUUUACUGGAUCAGGACCAGAGGCGGGUUCCCGCAACCAAAGUGCCAUUCAUACUGCAGAGGUUUAUUAGUCAUAUUGAGGAGGAGGGACUAGACAUCGAGGGGCUACUCAGGAUCCCUGGGGCAGCCACCAGAGUAAAGUCACUGUGCCAGGAGCUGGAGUCCUCUUUCUAUGAUGGGGUGUUUCCAUGGCAACAGUUGAAGCAGCACGAUGCUGCUAGCCUUUUGAAGCUGUUCAUCAGGGAGUUACCCCAUCCACUGCUGACUGUGGAGUACCUCAACGCAUUUAUUGCUGUCAACAAGCUCCCCACAAAGAAGCAGCAGUUGCAGGCUUUGAACCUGUUGGUCCUUCUGUUACCUAAGGCCAAUCGGGACACUUUGAAGGCACUAGUGGAGUUUUUCCAGCGUGUGAUUGACCACCAGGCCAAGAAUAAAAUGACUCUUAACAACGUCUCUGUUGUCAUGGCACCCAACAUCUUCAUGUUCAAAGGCUUCCGCUCCAAGGUUACAGAACAACAGGAGUUCUCCAUGGCAACAAGCACAGCCAACAUCGUCCGGCUGCUGAUUCGAUACCAGAAUCUUCUAUGGACAAUCCCCAAGUUCAUUAUGACCCAGGUCAGACAACAAAACAUGGAAAGCCAUCGCAAACUCAAUAAAGAGAGGGCUGUAAGAAAGCUACUGAAGAAGAUUACCACUGAGAAACCAUCUGAGAAAGCUGUCUCUGAGGAGAGUUCACAGGGAUUUAUCCGAGUUCAAGCACCACAAUUCAGUAAAGUGUCCAUGGCAGUUCAGCUUACUGAAGAGUUGCAGGCUGCUGAUGUAUUAACACGCUUCCUCAGCCAGGAGAGUUUAGUGGCAGUGAAACAAGAAGAGCUGUGUCUCUAUGAGAUUGGAGGAAACAUCAAGGAAAGAUGUCUAGAUGGGGAAACUUACAUGAAAGACCUCUUCCAGCUGAACCCUGCAGCAGAAUGGGUCAUCAAAUCUGUGCAACGAUAAACUCGUUCCUACCAUCAUGCCCUGCUGGAUAAUGGACUGCUCCAAAUUUUCCCCAAUGUAUGCUACUAAGAGCAAACGCCACCUGGAUUUCUGAGGUUUCUGCUGGUUCUGAAUGUACUCAGACUUUGUUUGUUUGCUUGUUGCUUAUGCGCACAUGGGGUUGCAUUGGUUUUCCUUGAAAACUGCCAAAACAAUACAACUAGUCCAAUGGCAUUCUUAAAACAUUUGAAUUUUUUCCACUGAAUUGAACAACUACGUUGUCAGACAAGAAAAGGGAAAAGAAUGUGCUUGGAUAUUGCACAACACAGACUUUUUUCCACUCUGCCUUAUACUACAUGUUGGAAUUUUGGCCCUCAAUGACUCUUAGCCUAAAGCAUCAGACAGUUGAGCAGGGUAAAUAAAAGCACCAUUGUCUUCGGUGGAGUUCUGACAAACCACUUUAGUUCUGUGGUUGAAAUACAUCGUUUCUCCCAGUUUGUCAGCAAUUAAGCUACAACAUUGUGAUUCUUAACAGUAUGUGAUACUAUAAUAUAUAUAUAAAGUAUCGCAGUUGAUUUAUUGCCACUAAUUACUUUGUUGUGUCUUCAGUAAUACGCUGAUAUUAUAUAGUUUGGGACAAUAAAACAUCAAAUUUUAUUAAAUCAUGAAUCAGUUAUAUAACAUUUUAAUUCUAUUUUCUAUACAAAUAAUUUUUUAGAAAAUUGGCCUUUAUUUAUUUUUUAUCUUAUUAAAAGCCCAAAAAUUAAACAUGUGGUCACAAUAUUAAUUGUGAAUAUAUUAAAGCACUUGAUUGUAACCGGAAAAGGAUGAACAUUGGAGUGAAUGGGCAUAAAGGGGUUUAAAAGCUGGAUGGGGACUUCAGAGACAGGAGAGGUGAUGAGGUACUACUAUACUGUAAGUUAUAUAUGAGGGAGGGGCCUUCUAUUGUGGCACACCUCAAUAGUGACCCCACAACCUUUCAUAAUAAUGUCAUCACUGAUAGCUAACCAGAACAUGCAAUGAUGACAUCACUGUUUUUAAGGUACAUUCAAACUGCUGUACAUUAUAACAUUUAAAACCGAUGUUUGAGUAUGUCAAUAUAUGGUCCAUCUUAAAAAACUGCUACUCGCCAGUGUACAAAUGUAAACACAUUUUUAUAUAUGUAUAUAGUAGCCUAUGUGUUUGCUUGCAUGUAAAUCAUCAAUUGCCUUACAAGUUUUUUGUAAGUUACAAGACUUGAUCAUUUUAAAGAUGACUCACUCUAUAAAAGGCCUUCAAUGAUAUACUGUCACAUGAUGGGUUUCCAAAAGUAUGUGGACACUACUUUUUUUGGCUUUUGCUGUUUUUGAUUUUUGGCUCUGUGCUUUUCACAGUCUGGAGCACUUUAUAUAGCACACUGGCAAAAGUUGUAAUAAUCCAGGAAAAGAACAUCUUUGGCACAUAGCUGUGCUAGUCUAAUCUGAUUCAGUUUGGUUUCUCAGAGUUUUAACAGCCUGUGGAGGAUCAUUUCAGCACCACAAAGUCAAAUAUUGCAGAUAAUACUCUUGUGGAAAUUACAAAUAAUGUGCCCCUGUUUGAAAAUGUAAUUAGCUAAGUAACUCUCUGCCUUGUAUUAUCUUGUUUACUGUGAAUGUUUUUUUUUUUUUUUUUUUUAAAUGAUGUCUUUGUCUUAUUACCACCUCUGAAAUGACCACUAAAGCAGCCUGUAAAUAAACAUGUAGUUAUUACAUACUGCA